CUCAGAUACAUUGCUUCUCUCUCUCUCUCUCUCUCUCUCUGAAAUCCUUCUGUUCCUCACCUCUAUGCUUCCUCUACGGCCAUCUCUUUACUCUGUAAAUUAAUCAAUUUAAUGGAUCCUUUCGAUUCCGCCGCCUCUUCCGGCAGCAGCAGCGGCAGCUCCUCCUCCACCGUCACCAAACCUCAAGAUAUCGAUGGCCUUCUCGCCGGCGCUGGCUAUAAGGUCCGCUCCUCCGACCUCCAACACGUUGCUCAACGACUCGAGCGCCUUGAAUCUGCUAUGUUCAACUCUUCCUCUGAGAUCUCUCAACUCGCCUCCGAUGCGGUCCAUUAUAACCCUUCCGACAUCGCUUCUUGGGUUGAUUCCAUUCUCUCUGAGUUUAAUGAAACGGCAUCCUUGCCGUCUGAUCUAUCCGAUUUUCCCGAUCUCUUUACGGUUUCUAAUCAGACGCCCGGAAAUGUUUCCUGGAUUGAUCCUUGUGUUGCUGCGCAACACCAGAACCUUGCCCAGAAUCAGCUAACCGUCGUCACCGCCAUGGAGGAAGACUCCGGUAUAAAACUCGUCCAUAUGUUGGUUACUUGUGCCGAUUCCAUCCAUCGUGGCGAUUUUCCAUUGGCUGGGUCUCUGUUUGUUGAAAUGCAAAGUUUGCUCUCUGGCAUCAACACCGAUUGCGGCAUCGGGAAAGUCGCCGGUCACUUCAUUGACGCGCUGACUCGGCGCGUGUUCACACCACAUGACCCUACCACUACUAGCACCGGCUACGAAAAUGAGCUUCUCUAUCACCAUUAUUACGAAGCUUGCCCUUACCUUAAAUUCGCCCAUUUCACCGCCAACCAAGCCAUUUUGGAAGCCUUCGACGGUCACGAUUGCGUCCACGUCAUCGAUUUUAAUCUAAUGCACGGUUUACAAUGGCCGGCAUUAAUCCAAGCCCUCGCUCUCCGCCCCGGCGGCCCUCCUCUUCUCCGUUUAACUGGCAUUGGCCCACCUUCUCCCGACGGCCGCGACUCGCUGCGUGAAAUCGGGUUAAGACUCGCCGAGUUGGCUCGGUCGGUGAACGUCCGAUUCGCCUUCCGCGGCGUAGCGGCGGCGAGGCUGGAAGAUGUGAAGCCGUGGAUGCUCCAGGUGAGUCCUAAGGAGACGGUGGCGGUGAACUCCGUUAUGCAGCUCCACCGGCUACUGGGAAACAACAACCAGUUCUCCUCCCCCUUGGAAAUGGUUCUCGGGUGGAUCCGGAGUUUGAAGCCAAAGAUCAUGACGGUGGUCGAACAAGAAGCAGACCACAACCAGACCGGGUUCUUGGAGCGGUUCACAGAGGCGUUAUUUUACUACUCCACCAUGUUCGAUUCACUCGAAGCUUGCUGUAAGAUGCCGGAGAAGGCUUUCGCGGAGAUGUAUCUACAGAGAGAAAUUUGCAACGUGGUAAGCUGUGAAGGAUCGGCUCGAGUCGAACGCCACGAACCUCUCAUCAAAUGGAGGUCUCGGCUCCACCAAGCCGGCUUUAGAGCCCUCCAUUUGGGAUCCAACGCCUUCAAGCAAGCCAGUAUGCUGCUCACGCUCUUCUCCGCCGAAGGAUUCUCCGUCGAGGAGAACGAAGGGUGUUUAACCCUCGGCUGGCACAGCCGCCCUCUUCUCGCGGCUUCCGCUUGGCAAGCCGCACCGCCGCCCGACGCAACUCAUCCAUUCGGAGAACCAAUAUAAAAUAAUAAUAAUAAUAUUAUUAUUAUUAUUAUUACAAA